AUGGACCAGCUGGCAGCCACCAUCAGCCACCUGUCAUUCAGCUGGUUGCAGUCCCUUGACCGCAGGAUGCAGCAGGAGCGCGAAAACAUCGAGGCUUGUGCGCAGCGUUCGCAAUUUGUCCGUCUCCGAGAGAUGCGAGCUCGUAUGGCUGAGGAGAGGAAGACGCGACUGGAGCAGAUCCAGGCCAUUUUUGCUGGACUGGGUGCUGGAGUGCAAUCAGUGCUAGAGGAUAGAUCGAAGAUGACUGUCCUGGUCGGCGGUCUGACGGCACUGGCACUGGGUGUGUCAGUGGCUUACAGAGCUCGUUUAGUCUCAGUGUCAUUGCAAUGUCAACAUUCGUGGUAUGCAAUCCGUACGGGAAGGCCCGGCGGCAUCGAUGUCGCCGACGAGUUGUCCGAGGUUCGUCAGAGAAGAUCUGACAUCUCAUCGUCUUCGCAAGGCCUCAAUCUCGCCAUGCGCUUGUCCCAGAUGCCCUGGCGCACAAAGCCAGAGGCAUUGGCAUUUCAUGGGCGAGCUCAUGUCAAGCUCAUUGAUCCAAAAGAUCGGUAUGUCUUCUUGCCGCUGUUGAUUGAUUACGCUACUGGCAUAGUGGAGCUCGAUGAGUUUGCUCCAACGUUUCAAGAUCUGCUGGAGGAAGCCCCGGGUGUGCAGCACAUCCAAAGUCUUGCAAGUGAAGUAGACUGGAGACGAAGAAAGGAACGCACCUGGUCACCUAAGCUUCCUUCUGUGGUAUGCCGUCAACGCAGCUUCCUUCAUUUGAUGGAGCCAGGGAAAGCUGAACUUCGAUGCAGUUGUUAUUGCAUCAGGGAGCCUGGGUGUCCAGGAAGCUCCCAUUCUGCCUGGGCUGUCUGA